AUGCUUAAAACUAAGUUGAUCUUAAAACGACAUUACUGGAUCGAGUGGGACUAUAAAAAUGGAGUUCGAUUAUUUCCUCCGCGAAUCCUACUACGUCUGCAACUCUACAUGUUUCUUGUACCAAAACUGAAAAAUAAUCCGGGUGGUAUAUUAUAUAAUAGUUACUUUUAUCGUUUAAAACGCUUAAAUAAUAAUGGAGCGCAAAAAUGCUUCUGUACUCGUAAUUCUUGUUCCUGUUUAACAACAAUAAAAGAUGAUGUCAUAAUUGGUAGCAGUGAUAUUAAUGAUAAUGGUACUCAUUAUCCAGUGCACGAUCCAAAAUUAUCGAAGAAUGUUUUAUAUCGUAUGAGAUGA